GAGAUUUAUGUGCCUUCAAAGUGGAUGCAAUUGUGAAUGCAGCUAACGAAAGUCUCUCUCACAUGGGUGGACUUGCAAAGGCACUGUCUGCUACUGGAGGACGUACUAUCCAAGCAGAGAGUGAUGUCUUCAUUGCCAAAAAUGGCAAAUUAAAGGCUGGACAAGUUGCAGUUACCACAGCAGGCAAACUACCUUGCAUGAAGCUGAUUCAUUUGGUAGGCCCGUGUCUGCAGAAUGACCCCACAGUGCACAUGAUAUCCCAUGCAAAGAAACUUUUAACUAAAGGUAUUUUGAAUGUCAUGACAUGUGCAGAAGAGCACAAAUUUUCAUCUGUUGCCAUUCCAGCAGUGAGCUCUGGAAUAUUCAACUUUCCAGUCUCAACUUGUGCUGAUGUUGUAGUCACCACAAUCAAAAAGUACAUUAAACAUAAGAACCCCACAAGUCCUCCAUUUGAAAUACACCUGGUAAACAAUGAUGAUCCAACCGUGAAGGAAAUGGAAAGGGCCUUCAAAGAGAUCCUUUUGGAGCCACUCUCUGAUGUCAGGAGGACAGGGCCAGAGGAUUCUCCAUCUACACUGGAAAGGACAGAGCACCUUGAGAGAAACACAACCGGUCUAACAAAGGACACUGCAUCACAGGUCGCAUAUUUGUGGAAACAACAGGAAACGGAAGUUGUUGUUUCUGUGGUCCCAUCUCAGAUUAGAGGUAACAACUUUGUCAUACAUCACAGUGAGUUCCUGACCCUUAGACCACACAGCUGGCUUGUUGGAGAGGUAUGUAAUCCAGGUAUUAACCCGCCUUCCCCCCAAAAGUACUGCAUAAGGAUAACGUUAAAGCUGGGGCAGAACAUUAGUUGUUCCCUACACAUUCAGUAAGUACUGCUUUAGAUCUACAUUCCAGGCAUAUCCUCAUGACUGAAUACUGAGUAUACCUAAGUAAAAAACUCUUUAUUAACCUUUGUAUUCAAAAAAUUUAUCAUGUUUACAAAGUAAUAAAAGUUUAUUUAUUAUACUCCUCAGGUCAUUGAAAGUCUCCUGCACCACUGGGCCAUUCGGCUGAAUCUGGGGAAUAAUAUCUACAUUAUGAACCACUACACGAGCGGUGUGAUCCUCUAUGGAGAGAGAGAACUAAUCAGGAGACAAAGCUUGUCCAAGGUGAACUUUGACAACUAUCGAGCCAUUUUAUCCUUUGUGAACAUUGGAAAUAUACACUGGAAGUUUCUGUACAUAAAUGCAGAUGACAGCUGUCUGUAUUUGGUCGAUCCUUCAAGAAACUCUUUGGAGCAGGAAGAGUCUGACCGUGCAGCCAAAAGAUUCCGUGAAUACUUCAAAAUGAGAAGGACAUGCUACAACAAAACAGACUGGGUGAAUGUGAGACUUCGAGGAGGAGUACUGACACAUCCAUUUCAACGUGAUGGUUCUAGCUGCGGAGUAAUGGUCAUCAUGAUGGCCAAAGCAGUAAUGGAAGCAUUCCCAAAUAAACCAGAAAUGACAUUUUUGACGACAAAAAAAGAGAUGGCCCAGGCACGAAGGACAUUUGCACAGACAAUACUUGAGGCCUCAGUUUUAGUAUUUGACAGUGACACCAACUGUGCCAUGUGUGCAACAGCGAAACCACCCAAUCCAGGACCCUCCAUCACUGACUGGAUCCAGUGUGAUAACUGCAACUGCUGGUUCCAUUCUGAAUGCCUGGACAUGACAAAUGAACAGCUCAGCAGCGCUCAGAAGACAGAGUGGAAGUGUGUGCUUUGUGUAACCUAAUUCCACAUGCAGUGAAAGGUACUAGAAUAAUCUGCUUAUAGUUAUUAUUGGUGUUUUGAGGAACACAUGUGUAAAACACAAUAUGUAUAACAUUCUUGCUUUGAGCACGUAUUUUAAGUAUUUCCUUUUUGAUUUUUUGUGUUGAUUUGUGUGAUGACAGAUAAUGAAUAACAAUAUAUCAAAAAUGUAUAAUAGUAAUCUGAGAAAUCUGUAAUAUGAGAAAUGUAAUUUCUCACCCCAACCGGUCACAGCAGAUGGCCGCCCCUCCCUGAGCCUGGUUCUGCUGGAGGUUUCUUCCUGUUAGAAGGGAGUUUUUCCUUCCCACUGUCGCUAAAGUGCUUGCUCAUAGGGGGUCAUAUGAUUGUUGGGUGUUUCUCUGUAUGUGUUAUUGUAAGGUUUAAGUUAUUAUGUAAAGUGCCUUGAGGUGGAUAUUGUUGUAAUUAAGCGCUGAAUAAAUAAUGUCUAAAACUAAA